CCCACUCAGUGAUAUUAUGGUCCAAUCUUUCCGGGUGGGAGUACGGUAUAAAAGAACGUCAAACCAAACCCUUCAGUUGUUUAUAUACCAUGCACAACAGUAGUGUCAUAAGUCCAUCAGUCUAUAAUAAAUUACCCCCAAACCCUCUGAACACCGGUUAAACCCCCUGUCAGGUCUGAUAAUUCUCGAAAAAUGGUGCGUGUCAUACCAGUGCAUAAUUUCCUGUCUCAGAAUGUGGGUCAGAUCGAUGAGCCAACGGCAUCAUGCACAGCUAAUGUCCAGGGUCAGGAUAUGCUUUUACUGUCCCUAUCGUCUCACUGCGUCAAAGUUUACGGAUUAUCAUCAUCACAAUCAGAACUUCUGACAGUAUUUCCCACUGUUGAUUCAGUUCAUCAGUUACUUCACUCGGACAAGGGUAAUUAUGUAGCAACUCUAGAAUCAAAAAACUCGAGGGACGGAACAACGACAAAUAAUUUUGUACGUAUUUACGUUAAUUGGGAGCUGUCUGGUAAUCAGAAUCAAGCGAUGAGGGCUAGAAUAGCUGGAAGAGUCACGCCCAGUCUUAACCGCACCCUCAACAGUCUCGAAAUGAUAGAACUGCCCUUGAACUCCCAACCUACCCAAAUAGCCUGUUGCCAGACAACCGGUAAUCUUCUGGUGGUAAUGGAGAAUGAAGCUGUCAUUCACGAAUUAAAAGUCGAGACCCAACACCUCUCAAAACAGAAAUUCCUGGACUUCGAAGUCAGGCCCUGGUUCCUCCGAUUCACAUUCACACCUGAUCACGUAGAAAUUGCCGAGGAAUUUAUCACCAUCAUGAAUCCCACGAACUUCAUGAUGUUUAAACUAACGAAUCAGUUCAACGACGACAUGAUCAAUAACGUCGAGAGCGUCAACAAUACGAAGAACACUAAAAAGCGAAUGAAUCAAAAUGUUAAAAUCACAAGACAGGACUCGGAAAGUCCAGGCAGUGACAAGAAACAGAACAAGAAACGAAAUUCCCAAACGAAAUCAAUCAUCGAUUACACAAAAUCAGUCGUCAACGAGAGAACUUUCAUCGACUGGGAUCAGCUGGUUUCGAAGGAAGCUGAAGAGCUCCAACGACUGGAACUACUGAAGAUGAUCGAGCCGGGGACCAAGAAUUUCAAUAUAACUCUAGGCUCGAUAUCAUCAGAUAUAUCAGAAAACUCUCAAAGCUUCGAACCCCCUGUGGUACCAGCCCCCGAGAUUUCAGCAACGAUUACAACGAGAUCCAACGAGGACAGUUGGUCGGAGAACUACAGCAUCGAGCACCUGUUGAGGCUGAAAAUCCUUCCGACGUCUCCAGAGACUACGAAGGAUUUUGGUAAUGAGUAUUUUACGUGCUGCGGGAUGAAGCCAUCCUACUGGAGGUCCAAAACCCUCGUCACCAAGCAAAAGAGGUCUCUUUUACGUUCCCCUAAAUAUAAUGUAUUCAACGGAGUCACUUGUCUUGUGUGCACAGCCCAAGAGGGCUAUCUCUACCACUUUUCUCCAUCGAUCAAGGAAGAAAUCACUCUGAACUUGUCCUCAUACACUGUUUAUCCAUUCACUUCUCCAGUGAGUCAUGUAGCCCUGGAAAACACUGCUCUGCACGCUCUCACCGAAGCUGGACUGGAGUCUUACACACUACGUCUGCCUCAAGUGCAGACUAAGGGUGGCAUAGACUGUAAAGAUCAUAGUGAGCCUGACACAAUUUCCCUGAUUGGAUUGAGACCGUUUCUGGGGGUCAAGAAGCUUCUUCAGGCAGCCAGAUGUCUGGUACUCCUUGCCGCCGACCAAGAAUCCUGGACUUACUAUUCCCUAGCCCUUCCCAAUCCUGAAGACGUCUACUACGAUAUCUUGAGUGCAGCCAACAACCACAAAGGAUCGAGUCCUUGCACUUACAAACAUCUCCUGGGCGAAGCCUACACUGUUCUUAAACUGGCUAAGGACAUGGUUUACUACACUUCUGACGUUGAGUACUCUAGCAACAUCAACGACACCUCGAAGUCUCAUCUGGAUAAUCUGUACAGGCAGUCUUGUGGCCUGCUUGCUGAUUACUACGUCUCUUCGUCUUCACCUUACGACUGGAAUUCCUGCAUUCGUUAUUACAAACUCGCUGGCCUGAGUGCACCUGAUGUACUGGGAAGAAAAGAUGUGGGUAAAGCCCCUGGAGUAGUUGUUUAUCUGUCCGAUGUGUUGCUGACUUUACAUUCAGGCCCUGACGCUGAUGCUCUAUUUCAAGAGCACAACAUCGUGGAGAUUCUGGGAAGUGCGGAGAAGGAGGACCUUCUCAAACUCAUUCUUGCGAGUCCUGUGUUGAGGGAAUAUGCAACUGAUAAGUUGAUCCAUGUCUUGAGUAGUUGGGAAGCCACUGAUGCUAGCCAGUUUGCUCUGGUGUUAUUGUAUACUCAGGCGGAGAGACAGCAGUUCGCGGAGAAGGCUCUUGAGAGUAUUUCUGAUCGGUAUAUCACAGAAGCCACCCUCACCAACUGGUCCUGGUUGUUCGAUGUGACGAGUGUGAAGAAAGGAAACGUUAUCCCCACGUUCUCUGAUUACGCUGGGAUUUUAAUUAGACAGAGGACGAGGAUCUUUGCUCAUGUUGUUGCCAAGCUCGUCCGAAAGGAGGCAUUGACUCUGAAUCAGAUGAUUCAGAUUUUCCUGGCAUAUCUGCCUUCGAGGAUUGGGAGAGAUGGAAGACUCGCUGCUGGAGCCCUGCAGCUGUCUCUGGAAACUUAUUUCAAGAGGAUUUAUGGGGACGAUGAGAAGGGGAGGGAGGGAACUGGAGAGAGCGAUGUCGCGGUUUUGGAGGGCUUCACGAUUCUGGUGAGGUCGUACUUAGGGGAACUAGCGCAGGGACAGGGGAAGAGCGAAGAUAGGGAGGGGAAGGAUGUCUUGUUUGGGAGCCUCAGGCCAGAGUUCCUGGACCAUCCUAUGCUCUAUAAGAAUGAUGGGGUUAAGGGGGAGGUGAGGCUGGAGGUUAUUAAGUUACAGGCGUUGCUGGCCAGCGGACAUCUCAGUAAUGAGUGUUAUGAGGAGGUCAAGAGGUUCUUGGAGACGCAGAGCAUCGAGGGGGGAUUGUCUUUUAAGAUGUUGUGUGUCAGGGAUGCGGAGAAAGGGGUGGAAUUGCUGGCAGAUAGGUGUCCACAGGUGCUGCUGAUGUAUGCCAAAGAUAAAUAUACCAAAGAGUCGGAAUGGAAAUAUUUCGUGCACUUCUUGCUGCAAAAACUCAAUGAGUACGAGGGGAGCCCUCAAGCCUUUAAAAUUUACGACGAAUUAUUGAAAGAUACAGCGAUUUAUGUAGCACAAACCAUGUCAAUGAGGGGUCUACAGCGUGUAUUACCCAACGACAGCAGUAUUCCUUCGUUACAACAAUACAUAGAUAUCAGUAGUCAAGUUGUGCACGCUGAUUACAUUAAAACAAUGAUAAUGGGUACUGGUCAACAUUUACUAACUAAUAUCAAUUUUUAGAUUCUCACUGUGAUGAUUUAUAAAACUAAUGUGAUUUUUUCUCAAAAGAACAAAUGUUAUUAUCUUAGAGAAGUUUUAAAAGUUUAUGUAAAUGUAUUGAGACAUUAAAUAAUGAAUGAUAAAGAGAUUUAUUCGUGGCAGUCAAUUCGUUAAUCGAAGAAUCUGUAAAUUAUCUGUUAUCCUUAUUUAUAAUUAAAAAAAUGUUUGAAUUUCAUUAUAAUUCUUUAAUAUAAAAUAUCUUUCAUUAACAUUAUCGCAAAAAUGGACGGAAAUUAUUCCUCACAAGUCCUCAAAACUCGUCUUCUCAUUUGUACACUCAGGAUACAAAAAAAAUUGUAUAAAAAUCUUCAGAGCUCGUUUUUGUUCAAAGUUAUGAACAUGAUAUUUACAACAUUAGUUGGAAAAUAGUCAGGAAGUACAAUUUUUAUUUCUUAAAUUAAAUCGUCGAAUUCCUUUGGUACUCAAAAAAAA